GACGAGGUUGUCUAUAAGUCUCAUUCUUUUCGACGGAGGUCCAGGAUCAGGGCAGGAUUGGUAUCUUGUCCCUCGUACGUCUCCAGGCUAUCCCUUGCAUGCCCUGGGACGAUCAUGAUGGAAUCAAGUGCUGCGGUCAGUGCGGAUGUUGUAAAAAAUCAGAUUCAGAGGGUCCUGGUUACAGGUGCUUCAGGUUUUAUUGCAUCUCAUGUUGUUCAACAACUUCUGCAGGCUGGAUAUUAUGUACGGGGGACUGUCAGGAGCCUUUCUAAUGAGACCAAAGUGAAGCAUUUGAAGAAUAUGUGUGUGCAUUCCAAGUACCCAUUAGAGCUUGUUGAGGCUGACUUGACCAAUCAAGAAAGUUGGAUAAGAGCUGUGAAAGACUGUCAUUAUGUCCAGCAUAUUGCCAGUCCAUUUCCGGUUAAUAAUCCAAAAGAUGAGAAUGAGGUGAUCGUCCCUGCUGUUGAUGGAACUAAAAAUGUUCUUCGAGCAUGUGAAAAAUCAUCCACAGUCAAACGUGUAGUGCUAACAAGUUCUACAGCGGCAGUGGCAGAUUUUAGCAGAGAGUCAGAGAAAGCAGCUUGUGAAACUGAUUGGCCAGAUGUGGAUGCUUUGGAUCCAUAUUCUAAAAGUAAGAUGCUUGCAGAAAGAGCAGCUUGGAGUUAUCUGGAGGAGUUGAAAACAAAAGGUAGUCCAACAUUUGAGCUGGCCGUCAUUAAUCCAGGAUAUGUUAUGGGUCCAAUUCUCUCUGGGAGUAGCUGUACCAGUAUGGAAGUGAUGAAAAGACUCAUGUGCAGGGAUCCACCUCUAAUUCCAAAAAUGAACUUCAGUGUUGUAGAUGUACGUGAUGUAGCUGCAUGUCACAUCAUUGCCAUGACACAUCCGGAGGCAUCAGGUCAGCGGUUUAUUGUUACAGCUGGCAACAUGUGGAUGACAGAUAUGUCAAAGGCGCUAAAUGAAGAGUUUAGAGACCAAGGUUACCACCCAUCACAGAUGAGAGUUCCACAUUUCCUCUUCAGCAUAUUUGCCAAAUUUGAUGCUGGUGCCAGUAGAAUUGCUCCAUAUUGGGGGAAAAAGGUUGUGUUUGACAAUUCAAAGAUGAAGACUAUUUUGAAGAUAGAGCCACACCCGAUGAAGCAAACCAUCAUUGACAUGGCAUAUAGUAUGAUAGAAGGUGGAUUCCUGAAGAAGAAUCCGCGAUAUAAAGGCCAAAAUGUCUCUACUACAUGUACAACUGCUGAUGCUGAAGAUGACAGGUCAACUGGAGAAAAAAGUAGUCCUAAUUGUGUUUCUGCUUCCACCACUGACAAAUCACUAGAAUCAUGUAACAAUGAACUUGCAUGAAAGCUAACUUUACAAGUCUACAUGUAAUUUCCUCCAAAUUGAGAGGGCUGUCAUACGAGUUGCCAUGUUCUUAAUUUUAAGUCACCAAAAUCAAUGUUCAUUUUAACCAUCCUGAUUUUAUCUACAUGCAUGUAUGAAAUUGAAACACAGUUUUAAAAUGUUAUUUUGUCCCCUGUGAUCUGCUUGACACCAUGGCAGCUCAAAAAAGAUCAUAGGAUUGCUGUUUCUGCCAUUAGUUCCCAAUGUGGUCAUCAUGCCCCUCCAUGAAUCUUGCUACCUGAGUAAGUGUGCAUCUAUUGAAUUUCAUCCACCAUGGUACACUUUUGUACCCUCAGCCUUGUUGUCAUGCAUGGGGUCCUUAUUCCCUGCCAUGGCCCUUCACUGGACUGGAGUAUAGAUGUUCCACUAAACCCUAUUGCUAAUGGGUGUGAGGACUGUCCCUUUGCAACAGUGGCUACACCUAGUGAUUGCACCUGUGAUGACCAGGUCACUGAUAAAUAUAUCAGCUUUUGGAAAUUCAGCACAACUAUCACUAUCAGUGGGCUAAACUCUGGGCUAUUAAAGCUAUGUGCUUGUACUAGUUGGCAUAAACCAUUACUAUAGAGGACUUAAAGCAAGAAAGAACGUUGACAUAUCAUCCUUCACCUGUUUGGUCCAUGCACCAUAAAGUUAGGUGCUUGACAAAUACAAAAUGUAUACUAAAGCGCACUGAACCCAGAGGCUUAGAGCUUAAGAAAGAUUAAGAAUGAUGACUGGCAGAGCAUACUUUCUGAAACGUUGAGUUACCCUGGUUUUUUUUAAGAACCUCGUGAACCCACAUCGCACAUGUUGUAUGUGUAUGUUCAGUGGUCCAUCAUGUGAAUGAACUUGGGAUACUCUGGUAACUCCACAAUGCUGACUCUGCUGUUAUGCGCCUAUCAAUUGCAGGCUAGGCCAAGUUCGGGCAAGGACCAUUAGUCGACUAGUGGUUGAUUUGUGACGUACCUUACGCCUGCGCACUAAUAGCAAAGUGCGAACGUCUCUAGUCGAA